GUUGACUACCUACUUAGUCAGUUAGUAGUAAGUAGUCGCAGUUCAACCACUGACUUCACUUCAACUACCGAAAGCUCUCCACUUUAACACUCAACAAACAUGUGGACGGCACAGUGGCGCUGCGAGCGGCGGCCGCCGGUACUACUGGCGCUAGUGUUGUGUUUAUGUUGGGCCGCUAGUUGUCAGAGCGCCACAGUCGCACACGCGCAACAUAAGAUGCAUCCUGCCUUUAACAACGCCGGCAAACAAGAAGGAUUGCAGAUUUGGAGAAUUGAGAACUUUGCACCAGUGGAUUACCCACAGAAGGAUUAUGGCAAGUUCUAUAGUGGCGACUCGUACAUCGUGUUAAAAACCAAAGAAGACAAGAGUAAGAAGGGGACGUUCAGUUGGGACAUCCACUUUUGGCUUGGUAAUCAAACAUCACAGGACGAGGCUGGAGCUGCGGCCAUCUUGUCUGUUGACUUGGACGAUGGUCUCGGUGGAGGUCCUGUACAGCACAGAGAGGUACAGGAACACGAGAGUGAGCUGUUCCUCAGCUACUUCAAAUCUGGUGUACGUUACGUUCCCGGUGGAGUUGCCAGCGGAUUCAAACAUGUAGACAUCAACGCUGCUGGAGAAAAGGCUCUGUAUCAAGUCAAGGGUAAACGUAACGUACGAGUGAGACAGGUCGAGCCAAAAAUUACGUCCAUGAACAAGGGCGACUGCUUCAUCUUAGACACUGGGCGAGACAUCUACAUUUACGUCGGGGCGAAGGCUAAGGGCUCGGAGAGAGUGAAGGCAAUUGGAGCUGCCAAUCUUAUCAGGGACCAGGACCACUCUGGUCGUGGAAAAGUUAACAUCAUCGAUGCUUCAAGCACAGCUGAUGAAGUGGCAGACUUUUUCAAGCAGCUGGGAGGAGGUUCUGCAAACCAGGUUGCUGACGAACCUAAAACCGAUGACGACCAGCAGUUUGAGAGAAACCUAGAUAACACUGUGGCCUUAUACAAGAUCAGUGAUGCGUCCGGAAAAGUUUCAUCAGUCAAGAUCGCUGACAAACCUCUUCGCCAAGACAUGCUUGACACCAAUGAUGCUUUCAUCUUAGAUACUGUAACAUCCGGAAUCUACGUUUGGGUUGGGAAGAAGUCAACCACUCAAGAGAAAGUGGAGGCUCUGAAAAACGGACAAGCUUUCCUGAAAGAAAAGAACUACCCGUCUUGGACUAAGAUAUCCAGAGUUGUUGAACAAGCUGAGCCUGCUGGCUUCCGGGAAUACUUCGGCACUUGGACCAACACUUUUGGACGCAGGGGAAGUUCUGGCAGUAACAGCCCUGUCCGUAACCGUGGUGUUCGCUCGGUGCUGUACGACUGCGACCCGGCUGUCGGCUUCAUGCCCGACGACGGCAACGGAGAAAUGGAGAUCUACAGGGUGGAGAAUUUUGAACUGGUUCCAGUAGAGCGCAACACUUACGGCAGGUUUUUUGGUGGGGAUUCCUACGUGAUCAAGUACAAGUAUCACGACGGCCCUCAGGAGAAGUACAUCAUAUACUUCUGGCAGGGCAAGGAUAGCACUCAAGACGAGCGUGCUGCCUCAGCAAUACAUGCUUCAAGAUUGGACAGUGAACUCGGGGGCCGAGCUUUGCAAGUUAGAGUGACCCAGGGACAAGAACCUACUCACUUUUUGCGUCUCUUCAAAGGAAACAUGAUCGUGUUCCUCGGGGGCAAAGCGAGUGGCUUCCGCAAUCUUAGAGAUCAUGACACUUACGAUGUUGAUGGAACUCGUCUCUUCCAGGUUCGAGGCUCUUGUAAGGACGAUCUCCAUGCAGUUCAGGUCCCUGAGCGUGUCACUUCCUUAGCAUCCAACCAGGCUUACGUUCUGGAGACUCCUGGAACCACAUACUUGUGGAUUGGCAAGGACUGCUCUUCUGAGUUGGAGGACCUGGCUGAGGAUGUGAGUGGUCUGCUCGCCCCUGGACACAGCGUUACAACCAUGAGCGAGGGUGGCGAGCCUGAGCAGUUCUGGGAGGCGCUCGGAGGCCGAGGCGAGUAUCCGUCCACUCUGGAGCUCCACCGACCCAUCCGAGCCACCAAACUGUUCCAUUGCCACGUGCCUUUCCCCAACAAGCUGCGGGUGGAGGAGAUUCACCAUUUCUCCCAACAGGAUUUGUUUGAAGAUGACGUGAUGGUUUUGGAUUCUGGAGAGUUGGUCUAUGUUUGGGUUGGAGACCAGUCCACAGAGGAAGAAAGAAGACUAGCUAUUAAAAUGGCAGAGGACUACCUAGAGAGGGAUUACUCCCGCAGACCAGCUGAUACUGUUGUUGUGGUAGUUCACCAGGGAGAGGAGCCACUAAGCUUCCGUCGGCUCUUCCCAGAGUGGGACACGGACAUGUGGACGGCUUAACUUUGACUGCUGUAUUUCCAAGAAUUCUGAAAGCUACGAAGAUCUGAAAAGAAGAAUCAUCGAUACAGUUGAAGAUCUUGAUGAUGAUGACGAUAAUGAUGAUAUUGAUGAUGACAAGAAAUGAAAUUUAUUAGCUUGUCUUAUUGGAUAACAUAUAGUUAGGAUUUAGAUAGAUUUUGUUACAUAAUAAAUAAAGUAUCUAUAUAUUUAAAAAAUAAAAUUAAAAUUCAA